AUGCGGUCAGUCGUCUCGUCGAUGGCCGCGACAUGUAGCCCGCAUGACAUGCAUUUACCAUCAAUGUUGGCCACCAUGGACAGGUUCGAACGGAUGACCGAGCACUUGGGGGCGCGGCAAACAUGUGCCACUGAAGCGCUCGGCGGCGUUACUGCUGCGGUGGUGAACGCCGAACAAGUCGAUUCGCUCAUGGCGCGGAUCGUCGACCGAGCCGGGCUAGACGUCAGGAGUGUAAUGCCCGCAGCCUUGGCGGAGUGCUCGUCGUUGCAGCAAAAUAUAUCAUCGCCAUCGUCACCGCCGCCGCAAGACCCGAUCCUGGGACUUGACGAACAACUGGCGAAACUCAGAAACGUCUACGGAUGA